GAUGCUCUGUGCCUUUGGGAAUGGAGAGUGGGCGGAUCAGUGACCUUCAGAUCACAGCCAGCUCUGUGGCUUCCAGCUGGUUCGCUGGCCCCUGGCAACCUUGGUUCGCUCGUCUCAAUAAACAAGGGGCGGUCAAUGCCUGGCAGGCCAAGACAAACAACAUGCAGCAGUGGCUACAGGUUGAACUGAAGGACGUAAAGAAAAUCACUGGCAUUGUUACCCAGGGCGCCAAGUCCAUGGGCACAGAGAUGUACGUGACAGAAUAUACCAUAGAAUACAGCAAAGAUGGAAAAACCUGGAUAAAAUACAAGGAGGAUGAAGAUGACUUUGAUCAGAAGAUAUUUCCUGGAAACGAGGACAACAACGGCCACAUGAAAAACUACAUCUACCCUCCAAUCUUUUCACGGUUCAUAAGAAUUAUCCCUCGACGGUGGCAGAAAACAAUCACCAUGAGAAUUGAAUUGCUUGGGUGUGAUUUUGAAUAAGGAUAUGCGGAGCAGUAUAUUUCACCACAUAUCCAUACAUGCUCAUUUUUAUACACAGAUUAUAAAUCCAGGUUUUAUUUUUACAAGUUUUGGAUGCCUCCCUCCCCAUUCCCUUUUUUAAAUUUAGCUGUGAGCAUAAUUCCAGGUGAAUGUGUAAAUAUGUAAGUACUCUAUACAAUCACAGUCAAUAAACUAUUAUUGUACACACACA